AUGUCAUCAUCGUUGUCGUCGUCGUUGUGUUGUGCUUCUUUUUUCUCUGUCUCCUCUUUUACGAGUAGGCGUGUGAAAAGAAAUGAUAUCUGUAAUGGGGGCAAAAACGAAGGCAAAUUCAGCCGCCAAGACACCUCUGUACAGCACCAAAGAAGGAGGAGGAGGAUGACGAUGAAAGCGCGAUCCAGCGCGGAAACGCCCACAGAAACAGAAACAGAGCAAAAAGCAAACCAAUCGAAUAAAUUUAUCCCGGCGCACAUGCGCAAAACAGUCUCGAGAAUCACCGAAGCGCAGAUGAAAACGAACGGGGUGGAGCUUUCCAAAGCAGCCACUCAGGUGCAAGAAUCCAUCGCCGGGUUCCUGGCGUUUGAGUUUUUGAGAGCGAGAGUGAAAAACGUGCCAACGUUGAAAGUGUUAAACGUGGACCCACCGAUUUUAACCGCACCGAUGUUUUUGAGCGAGAAAGAGUGCGAAGAUAUCGAACGGGCGAUGUUUGGAAUUGAUGGCGGCGAUAAAGAAGAAAGCGAAAGCGGUUCCGAAGUCGUCGGGCAACAAAAAAAGGUGAACGGUUUGAGUUCUAUGAAGAAAGCGGAAUUAGUGCAGUGCUGCGAAGAGAGAGGGUUGGACGCGAGCGGGACCGUGGCUGUUUUGAGAGAUCGAUUGAAAGAGUUUAAUACGAAUGCUAACGACGACGACAGCAACGAAAAAGCUCCGUCUCCGUCCUCGAGAUCCGACGAAAGCAGGAGCGCGAACACCGGGGGGGAUCCGUUUCGAACGUCCAACCCAGACGCGUUGGUGAACGCGUCUUCCCGACCGGAAGCCGUGAACCAGCUCUUGAAGCGUUUGAACUACUUGUUUCCGGAUUGCGUGGAGGAAUUCGAGUCUCCUUCGGCGAGAAAAGAGAACAAAUUGUGGGGCAUAGAAGUCGUCGCCGAGGCGUACAAGUCGAGCGAAAAUUUGCGAGCCUCUCACGCGGCGUUUGAACAACACGAAGCGAUCGAAAAGCACUACCAAAUCAGAGCAAACUGCACGUUCUUCUUAAACGAGAGCGGCGACGAAAACGGCGGCGGUGAAAUCACCUUCCCGGCGUUACCCGGCUUAUCCGUCAAACCGGAAAAAGGCAUGGCUUUAAUCACGUUCCCGUCCACCGCGGCGAGUCUCCUCGACCCGCGCGCCGCGACCGCCAGAAACGCCCACGAUAACGGCGCAAAUACAUUAAACUCCAUCGAAGUCCUCGUAAGAGGCGCGACGCCGAAAAUCUUGACCGAAGAAGAAGCCGCGGUGGAACGUAAACUUCGCCACGAGGAAGAGAAAGAGCGAGCGAGACUCUUGGCCAUCCCGAGAAGCGAAAGAAGAAAGAUGAGUAAUGGGGAAGACAAACCGAAAAACUCCAGGAAGAAGAGUCAAGAUUAA